CACCAUUGGCCUGGCCCCGUGGGGGUGCUGCUGGGCUCCACACAGGGUGCAUCGAAGGGAGCUUGCAAAUAACGAAAAGUCGACGAGGACAGCCACAUGCGAGGAUUGUGUUUGUGACUGUGAAGAAUGACGAACACGUACAGGGAUUCAGAAAGAGCAGGGCUGGAAAAUGAGGAGGAGUUUGUGGAUAUCUUGGAGGAGAGGAGGUGCAGCAGUGAUCUCAGCCAUGCCCUCCGGACCUUUAGCCCGAACCCUUACAAAGGAGGCCCGUCCUGCUCCACGGCGGACCUCAACAAAGCCGUGCUGGAGUCCCAGUAUCUACGCUACAUCGCCAAGGAGGUUGCCAUGGAGACGGGGUCAUCGGUGGAGGAGGUGAGAGAGGAGGUUUGUGGGCUUUUGGAGGAAAUGUCUCAAAACCUGCAGCUAGGAUUCAUCAGGCUGCUGGGCUACAUGAUUAGCAAGGUGUUCAAGAGAGUCUUCAGCGGCAUCUUUGUCAACAUGGAAGGACUCAACGCGCUCCAACAAGCCAUUCAGGAGAACCCUGUGAUCCUGAUGCCCAAUCACAGGAGCUAUAUGGACUUCCUGGUUAUCUCCUACAUCAUGUUCACCUACGACAUCCCGUUGCCUGUUAUUGCUGCAGGAAUUCCUCUAGCAGGGAUGAAGAUGGUCGGAGAGAUGCUGCGUCGCUCGGGAGCUUUCUUUAUCCGACGUGCCAUUGGCUCUGACAAACUGUACUGGGCAGUGCUUUCAGAAUAUGUCAAAACCAUUGUUAAGAAAAGAUUUGCUCCUUUGGAGUUUUAUGUGGAAGGCCUGCGGAGUCGCACACUGAAGUCCAUGAAGCCCAAGUUAGGUAUGAUGCACAUGGUGAUGGAGCCCUUCUUUAAAGGCGAGGUGUAUGACAUCACAUUGGUCCCCAUCAGUAUCAGCUACGACCGAGUGUUGGAGGAGUCGCUGCUCGCCCAUGAAUUACUGGGUAUCCCCAAACCCAAAGAAAGCACCACGGGUCUGCUGAAAGCUAGCAAAGUGCUCCAGGAAAAUUACGGCAGCAUGCAUGUGACCAUUGGCCGUCCCAUGUCGACCAGACAUUUGUGUCAGGGCAAGAUAAAUCGCUGCCAGUACAACCUCACACCCAGAGACCUUCCUCAGAUGCCCAGUGCAGAGGCUCAGGCCUGUGUAAACUGGCUGGCUCAUCUGAUGGUACGGAUCCAGGAGGAGGGCUCUGUGAUCAGUCCGUGGUCUCUGAUGGCCUGCCUGUUGCUCCAGGCUCCCACCGCAGUGUUGACGGAGGAGGGCCUGCUGUGGCAUCAGCUCACAGAAAAAACCCUCUGGCUCAGGAAGCUGGCGCUGGACUUCGGGGCUCGCCUGAACUGGCCCAGUGGGCAAGGACCAGUCCCUGACCCGGAUGUGAUGUCAUCCACCUUGGCUCUUCAUCGCUCCGUAGUUCAACGUAAAGCGGGGCGUGUCUACCUGGUUCAGCAGGAAGAGCCUGCGAGGAAAAGUCCAAUCAGCCUAGAGGAGAAUGUGAUGAGGACGGCGGCAGCGGUGCUGAUGCUGGCUUCCUAUAGGAAUCAGUCACUGCACGUUUUUGUGCGGCCCGCCAUGCUCGCAACGGCCAUACACGUCACAAAGACCGCGCAGAGAGACGAGCUCUUCGCCUUCUUCUGCUUCCUACGGGACGUCUUCUCCAAUGAGUUCAUCUUCAUCCCUGGAAACUCGUCUCAGGACUUUGAGGAAGCAUGCUUCCUCCUGAAGAAAUGUGGAGCAGUCCACGUCAGUGAACAGGAAGUGACGGUGUCGGAGGCGGGGCUGGAGGUGUUGUCCUUCCUUCAGGCACUUCUACAACCCUUCAUAGACUCUUAUCAGGUGAUAUUCAGGUACCUCUGUGAAGACGGACUUCACGUGGUCACAGAGAAACAGUUCCUACCUGCUGUGCGGAACCUGGCUACAAAACGCAUCCUCUCAGGUGAGCUUCACACCUACGAAGCCCUGUCGUCGGACACGCAGAAGAACGUCUUGUCGGCCUUGCAGAGACUGGAGACCGUGACAAAGCCGAGGGCGUCUGAAUUCAAAGUGAACAAAGCAGCCGUCAGAAGAAUCGAUGACAUACUUUCUGGGAAAAUCCCUCCCCAGAUGCUCCAGACUACACCUGACGCAAAACUUUAGCCUCCAUUGGAGCAGAUCCACAGUCCCGAUGACCCCGACUUGAUCCUUUGUCACUUCUUCCUCAUUCUCUACCCUCCGUGCCUUAUAUGCAGCCGUCUGUAGAAUUGCUGUACUCCAAUACUUCAUAUCUUGGAUGCUAAUGGCCAGACAUGAACGUUUGCCUCCUCCACCUUCUCUGUUUCCUUGUUCUCAUCCCUAACAGAUCUUAGGAUAAAGCUACAAAAACCUGUUCUGGUAACCCGAGGGGGACAGUAUGGCGGAUUUUGUUUGACGGCUAUAAUCAGAAUUAGUCGAUGAAGAAAUGCGUACUUAUGACUGAUGCACUAGUGAUGCUUGUGAAUCAAGAUACUGACCUAUAACUGUAUUUAAUCAGUUGCAUAAUGUUAGUAUGUGUUUGUCCUGUAGAUAUGUUGAUUGACAAGACUGCCAUGUUUAAAUGAGGAAAUGGAGCACUUUAAAAUAAACUUGUUUGCUGACAUAGGAUGUGUAAUUACAAAGUAAACACUAAAUUAUGACACUUGAUUGUAUAUACAUGAAUGUACCAAUAAAAAUCUAAAUACCAUAACCCAUCAAA